AGCAUUCUACCCGUAGUGAAGGCUGUCUGUCUGCCAUAAUGUAGUUCUGGACCAUUCUCUCGCUGUGUCCAAUUGUGAAGCGUGUUCAGUCACUUAUUUCGAAGACGGGCGACGGGCGACAGUGACACCAGCAGCAGACGCGGCAGUAAACAAGCAGACGACGCCCACCAUGACGCUGGCUCUCUGCUGCUCCUGACCCCGUGACUUCUCUCACUUCACCUCCACAGCACAGUCCAGUUUUCAACACUUCCUUGAGUGAAGCCCUGCAGUGGCCAGUGUUGUCCCUCCUCCCUGACAUACUGGAGACCAUGGAGGGGUACAUUAGGCCCCUCCAUUCAUGAGGCUACAGUGGGAGGCCAUGUGGAGGCCAGGGUCACCCCUCACCAUGGCCACAUUAUGACCACACAGAUACUGCAACCCAUACCGUCACUUGUGUUUACAGUGUUGAUAAACCGUCCAGUUUGCCGCCUUAGUGCCAGAGCCCAGCAUGCCAUGGCGCAGCGCAACCGCCGUCAGAUAUAUGAAACAGCCUUUGACAGUAAGCCGGCCGCAUGCUACCGGCAGGUGGAGAGGAAGGGGGAGGAUGGGGGGGACCUGAUAGACCGGAUUGCCAACCACCCCAUCCUACAACUGCUGAGCUUCCGCCGCCGGACCUCCCGCUCCUCUGCCACUCCUGCACACCCCCCGCCCACCUCCUCCGUCCUCCCCUCCACCUCUACUGACCCAAAGUUCCAGGUGGGGGUGUUCACACCCAAGGGUGGCCGGCGGGAACGUGGGCGGGGCCGGGGAGGUGUGGCACCCCGUCCUGCCCGCAGUGUGUCCACCCAUCACAUCACAGAACGCCAUGUACGUCCCAUUGCCCUCUCCAAGAGUGAUGAUGAAAUCUUGACACGAGGCUCAGAUUCCUUGGAGGAAGAGGACCGAGUAGAGGAUUAUGUAGAAGGACAAACUGCCCAGGAGCUGUCAGCAGCCCUUCAUCCAAACAGUAUGGUUGGGGAUGAUUACUUUGCUCACACUGAGAAGAAGACGCCUCGCAAGAAGAAGUCCCGGUCUCGGGAGAAGCCAGAACUGAGCAAGUCGCAAGCCAUUCCUGCCCGACCCCCACCCCGCCCUGUCCACCUCAGGAGCCCUCCAGGGACUGCACCACUACCCUUAAAAUUUAGUAAAAAGCCAAGUGGAAAUGACAAAAGUCCUUCUAGCUGGUUCAGUCCACCUCGCCAGAAGGACCUCAGUCUGCCUAUUAAGAAGAGUCUCAGCAAAGAGCUGGCAGGCCUCGGCACUGCUGCUCCACCCAGCCAAAGCCGUGCUAGCCUCAAUGCUUCCAUGGAAGUGCUCCUUGACGCCUCUUCCCAGCGAGAGCUAAAGGGUUGCCUGCUGCCUCCACCUGGUCGCCAGUUUUGUAGUGUGGAGAGUGUAGUAUCCAGCUUGGAGAGUUUGCGUAGCUCUGCCAGUGAGGGAUCCUCUGCGCCCAGCAGCUACAAAAGCUCACUGGGAAGUGACUCCUCCUUGCUUUCCCGCCCUGCCCUAAACCUCUCUGCUCCUCACCGUUCCUUAAUACAGUCAGCAAAGUUCCAGAUCCUUUCUCCAAUAUCUGAUAAGUCACAGGAACCCUCCUCAGAAACUGGAGGAGGCUCCCAAAAGGCUUCCCCUCAAGACCUGGUUGACAUGCGGCUCAGAGCACCCCCACUGCGUCCUGCACUUCGCCCUCACUUGCGUCAUGACUUCAGGAACUGCCAUCACCCACUGCCUGGCCCAGGUGGGGAGGGGGACGUGCAAGGCUCAGAUAGUGGCAUUAGCAUAGAAUAUGGACACCACCAUCGGGGUGGUGGUGGGCCUGAAAUACCGUAUGGAGAUCUGCCAUUUGACAUGCCCAAACUAAGGCGACGGCUGGCGGCAGCAGCAGCUCGGGGAGGAGGUGGCAAGACCUCCCUCUCCUCCAGCACCUCUUCUCUUUCCUCUGGGGCAAACAGUGAAGCUCCACACAUGCCUCCAUCCCGCAUCACCCAUCCCUCCAUAUCUAGACUGCAGGUCAGUGAAGGUCUCAGUGGCACCUCCUCCUCCACAUCGAGUGACUGGGACAGUCGCUCCCGCUCCUCGGCAGAUUCCAGCGAUGAGCAAGGCACGCCCAAACUUCGUCGAGAGGGCAGUUUAGGCAGGAAUCAGAAAGAAGGUCUAGCACUGGACCUGGGUUGUGCUGCCCUCGCUAUCAAAGGCCAGAAAGUGGAUGUGAAACUGCCUUUACUUAAACAAGGGUGGUACCAUGGGGCACUGAGUCGCACAGAAGCAGAAGCCACCCUGAGGCAUUGUGCUGAGGGUAGCUACUUGGUCCGCUCCCUCCAUUUGGCUCGCCACCAGUACUCCUUAGCCCUCAAGUGGGUUCCAACACCUCAUUUUAUUGCUGCUUUCUUAUAUAUUCCUUUUUUGUUGGAAUGCUUUGUAUAUUAUAAUUUAAUGCUUGUUUUUAGUGCCUCUUUGCCUAGUAUUCAUAUUUAUGGUUAUUAUUUAUUAAGUGUCUGUUCUAGUCAUCUAGUAGGUGCAUUUACUACAUGUUCUAUACAGGAAUUUCUCAAUUUAUGCAUGUUUAGAACAUGCAAUUCUGGAAUAACACAAUGUCAAGGAAAUAAAGUUGCGUGUCUAGUUAAGUUCCUUGAUGCGGACACCAGGAGUAAUCAGUGGCCGUAUUCUACAUACAGUGAUACGUCGACAUACGAAUUUAAUUUGUUCCGUGACAAUCGUUAUAUAUAAAAAAAAAUUGCAUAUCAAAUAAAUUUUUCCCAUAGAAAUUAAUGGAAAUAUAAUUAAUUUGUUCUUGUGAUAUGAAUUUACCGCCCUUCCCCCCAAAAAAAUUAACAUGCUUUAAAUACCAACCAAAUAUAGAUUUAACAAGAUAAAUACAAUGCUUAUUGUAUGCAUGAUAUAAAUGUACUAUAUUGCCCAAAAUAACAACUUAACCCGCAAAACUUGGGACACCGAUAGACGUUCAAUACGCAAGCCUCGGGGCACGUCGAUAGACGUUCAAGGUUUUAUGGCUAUAUUCAUUCCGUUUUAUUUGCUUGUGAGCUGGCAACACUCAUCAGGAGUAAACAUAUGCUCUAUGUUACUAACGAUGGAUGGUGGGAGCGACAGUGAUUUCAUGGUGUCUGAUUCCGCCACCUCUCCUGCGCAUCUUACUUCUAUACCUCGGGUCUCUUGCCAUGUUACAAGUUGCUUGUGGGCAGAACACCAUUUGUACUCACUCGUUUAUUGGAUUUCUAAAUGUAAUCAGUAUGUGAAUACAGGCUAUUUUGUGUAUUUCGCCAAACUUUUAAGAAAAAAUACACACUGCCGAGGAGCAAAGACACAUACAUGCACAAAGAAUGAACGAUACACAACGUGGGCUGAAUGUUCAGGGUGGACGUGGGUAGCUGAGCAAUCGCUGUGCCACCUACCGAUGGCUAUUCUUAUCUUUAAAAUAUCUUCAUAUUUCAAGACAUAAAUCACAUGAAAUUUUUCUUCGUAUAUAAAAAAAAUCACAUGUUGGGGCGUUCGUAUCUGGAAGUAUUACUGUAUUUAGCAUCAGGUCUCAUAGAAUUCAUGACCGUCACUCCACUGACCUCCUUAAGGAUCACAGUUUGUCAACUUAAAUUUGAAUAUAUAGAAAAACAUGCUCGUGACAUAAUUUUCUUUUAUCUAAAUUUUUUCUAUAUUAUCGUUAAUUUAAUAAUAAAAACUGUUGAGGAUCAUGUUAUGGUACAUACUGCCACCUGUUGACAAGAAUCAAGAUGGUCAUUGGUGGCACUGUAACAGGGUGAACCCUGUCUUAGUGUCUAAAAUGCACCAUUUUGUCUUGCUAUGACCAUAUCAUUAGCUGUGAUGGCAGUUUAUAGAAUACAGCCCCAGUGUACUGCUAACACACUGUAUCCUUCAACUUCAUGUCAGCUGAAUGCAAUCUUUCAAAGCCCCAGUGUACUGCUAACACACUGUAUCCUUCAACUUCAUGUCAGCUGAAUGCAAUCUUUCAAAGCCCCAGUGUACUGCUAACACACUGUAUCCUUCAACUUCAUGUCAGCUGAAUGCAAUCUUUCAGACUUGGUAUGUACUACAUGUACACUUUAGUUCAGUAAUCAUGUUCACUUUAUGUGAUUUUUACAUUUCACGACCUCUUCAGGAACGUAUCCCUCGCAUAUUUCGAGAAAUCCUUGUAUAGUAAUUUAGUUUCUAGAUCCUACAUUCUGGGUUUAUAUUCUAUGAACUUUAGUUCUCUGUACAGUACUGUGUCAAGUUAGAUGUUUGAUUGGAUCUUGAAAGUUCCACCAUAUAUGAGGCAUUAACCUAUUGGAAAAAUAAUUAGGAUUAAGCCUGCAACAAAAAUGACCAUCAAUAGAAUAUUUAAAUGCAACAUUAUGUAUGAGAAAUAUCACCAAAGGCUUAUUAGUGGUGAAAAUAUCUGGUUAUCAAACAGCUGCACAUUUGGUCACAUACAAAGCUCUGUCGUCGCAGCCACCACUGUACCGUUCUGAUACUGUAUUACUGGUAACACUGGUAAUAUCUGUAUUAGCAUAGUACCGGUAUACCGGAUGCUGGUGCGCAUCCCUAGUCCUGCUGCAGUCUUGAGAAAACAACAUUCUUCUGCAUUCUGUCGAUAGUUUUCAUUUAAAAACUUACUAUGACACCAAAGAGGCUUAUUAGUGAUGAAAAUAAGGAAUUUAGUGAGAGUACAAGUGUUUGUGAGCCACAGCCCUCCAUUAGUCGAUUCACAGGAAUCACUCCAGGAGAAAAGUUACAAAGACGUUUUCAUGGAUAGUGACUCUUCUACUGGCGAUUUCCCUCCUCCACCCUACCCUUCUCCCCUCCUCUUCUAAGUUAUCCAUCACCAGCCUUCACUUAUGGUAUAUACAAAUAAAAAUUGUAAAAAAUACAUUGAAAUUUUUACGAAUAGUUGAACUCUUUAACACUUGAAAAGCCAUUUGGAACUAAUUAAGUUCGAGUAUUGAAUCUCCACUGUAUAGUUUUCCCUACAUACAGACAUGAAAACUAAUGAGAGUGAAAAGAGCAAAAGGCUUAAUCAGCACUAAUGGGUGGUGGUAGUGCCCACUGUACAUCUCUACUCUCUUCACCACUAUCAUCACCAUUAAUUUUUCUUUUUUUGUCCGCUCCAGUUGUACAACUAGAUGACAAAACUUCUACCCAUUGUAAAAUAUUAUAAAUCCAGGACACAAUGUAAUGAGUGUAGUGCUUAACUUGCAGUGCAGGUUAAAUACAUGUGCUAGUUAUAACUUACUUGCACUCGCAAAAUUUGAAACUUAUUUUAGUGGUGGCAACGUCUUCAUAAUGUUGACUCUAAAAAAACAAAUGGUGUGCAUGACUGCAUGUGUGCUGUUAGGGGGUUACCAGAGUGCAUUUUUUUUUUCCCAUGAAGAGUCAGAUCAUAAGCAUAUAUUAAAUCUGUCAAACUGAUUCACCAAACUUGAUGGAGUACUGUAUUACAUUUUGUUUAAGAAUGUCAUUGUUUUUUUCAUGUACUUUUGUGUUUGUAUGAUGAUUAGUGCUUGUGACCAAAUUGCUAGUCAGAGGACACAGGUUUGUUGUUGCUAUACAAGUGGCUUUUUGGGAAUGGUGCAUGCAUAUUAUUUUGGUUAUUUCUGUAUAUUCAGGAUAAACUUGGAGACAGUGUGACACAAAAUUAAACAAAAUUAAAACUAUAAAACUAA